AUGUAUGAAACAGAUGGGGUUAAGGAAUCUGAUACAGAUUCUAAAGUUGAUGAAAGGAUUGAUAUGAUAGACGGUAAAGCAUCAUUGAUUGGUGGAAAUUCAAGCAAAAAUGCAUUAUUAAAUGAUACUGUAGAAAAGCUUAGAUUACAAUUACAAGAAUUGGAGGAAAACAAGGUUGAAGAAUCAAAAAUUACAAAAAAUCAUUUAGAAG